AUUGUCGAGGGAGUACACCUUCAACUUCUGUAUGGAUAGACCGUAAUCCUGCCAAUAAAAUUUGUCAUUUUGUCACGUUUCGUUUCCCCUCAAACUGCCAUCUUAACUUCAGUGCUGGAGUCUAAGCACAUCCAAUAGUUACAACUAGGCAGAAUGUCAUUAGAAUUUGUUUUAUGGUUAUUUGUCUUUUUGUUGCAAGCGGCGCUGCUUGGGAGGAACAUGUAUGCGCUUGUGUCGCUAUCCGACUUGGAGAACGAUUUUAUCAACCCUUAUGACCUAACCUUGCGUCUUAAUCGCUUUGUGGCGCUCGAGUACGGCGCCCAGGUGCUCCUCACCGCCGCGCUGCUGCUGUCCGGCAAGUGGUUCAUCGGCUGCCUGCAGCUGGUCAUGCUGGGGUUCCUGCUGCACGGAUGGUCCUCGAGGCAGCACGUGGUGGAUGCAACGGACGUGUUCCGGCAGCUGCCCGCGCAAAAGAAGCGCCGGCUCAUCAUGUUCGGCGGCUUCCUGAUCUUCUUCAUCCUCAUCACCUACCGGUUAAUCGAGUCGGUCAUCCACGGGCUCCUCACUGAUGAGGGGCGGGCGCACGCCAAGAAACUGUUUCAGGAUGCGGCGGCUACCCUGCAUGGGUACUAAGGAAAAGGAGGGGGAGGAAGAAGUAGAAGAGGAAGAAGACUUUGCUUGCUUCAUCACUAGCCGUGGGAUCUCGACCGGAUUACGGGUUUCGCCCUUGCAUGCCGGAAGUUUGCUGAACUUCUAGGAAAGGCCAACAAGGACCCAGCGGGUCAACCAAUUGGCCUUUCUGCAAGGCGCACGCACGCAUGUAUGGGAGGGUCCGUGUGUCAUUCGAAAACCGAACACAAGCGAGGGGCAAGCUCUUUAGCUUGGUGGGUGAACCUUCAUGGCCUGGCUCCUGGGCAUGUGCUUGGGAUUGCUUGACAGGAUAGCACGUUCUGCGAGGCUAUAGCUAGGAUGCGCGGCUGGGGAAUAUGGGUAGUGGAUGAGCUAGGGUGGGUAGAGCAGGGGGCGCUCUUGGGCUGCUGCUGGUGCGGCCUUGUUCUUUUGGCGGACAUUGAUGCUUCCAACCUGCUGCUGCAUUCGGAAGGGCCAAGCUUGCACGUGCGGUGUUGUCAUGUGUGCAGUGGAGCUCAAUAAGCAGCCAUGGUUUUCAGUUGGGCAGCAAAGGGUAGCGCCGGUCCCAUUCUGGCGCGGCUGUGAUGACGGGGCAUGCGGCCCAGUGGACAACCAUGGCACCGGUCGGCACUGACCCAUGGGUCGCAUGAUGAGCCAGGUUGGGUUGUUACGAGGGAAUAGGUUUUUGCAGGAUAGGCCAAUCGUUAAUGCCACGAGAGGCAAUGCCGGGGCCGGAACGAAAGCACAAGGGCACGUGACAUGGAGAUUAGUACUACGAAAAGGUCGGGAAGGGAUCUUGUAGGCCAAAGGCUUCAUUCCUGCUGUUGUGGUUCCACGCUGGCUCGACGUCCGUGUAACGUAGCAGCUGUG